AUGAACCAGCACACCUUCCUCGCCCUUGUCAAGAACGCCGCCGCCGCCGUCUCGCCCUCGGCCUCCGCCUCUUCUCGCCGCCUCCCCAGCCUCCACGCCAUCUACACCAAGCUCGGCUUCCACGCCUACGCCCGCGUCACCAAUGGCUUCAUCCAGGCAUACUGCGCCACAGGCCGAGUCACAGACGCGCGCAGGGUGUUCGACGAGAUGCCACGCCCGGACACCGUCUCAUUCAACUCCAUGAUCCACGGCUACGCGCUGGCCGGCGACGUCCGAUCAGCAUGCCACCUGUUCGACCACGUCCCAGCGCCCACGCCCGUCACAUGGACGUCGAUGGUCACCGGGUUCUGCCGCGCCGGGGACGUCGAGUCGGCGAGGCGCGUCUUCGAGGAGAUGCCGGAGAGGGACCUGGUCUCCUGGAACGCGAUGAUAUCCGGGCACGCCGGGAACCGGCAGCCCGUCGAGGCGCUCUGCCUCUUCGGGCGGAUGAUGGAGGAAGGGUUCGCGCCGAACCGUGGGACGCUCGUCAGCGCCUUGUCGGCGUGCGCGAGCGCCGGCGCGCUGGAGACGGGGAAGUGGGUGCACGCGUUCGUCGAGAGGAGGAGGCUCCGGUGGGACGUGUUCCUCGGCACCGCGCUGGUUGACAUGUACGCCAAGUGUGGCGCUGUGGACCUUGCGCUGGAUGUGUUCACCACCAGACUCAAGGCGAGGAACACGUGUACCUGGAAUGCCAUGAUCAACGGCUUGGCCAUGAACGGCUACUCAGCCAAGGCGUUGGACUUGUUUCGCCAAAUGGAGCUUGACGGAGCGGUGGCGCCAGACGAGGUCACCUUUGUGGGAGUCCUCUUGGCGUGCAGCCAUGGUGGAUACGUGGACGCAGGAAGGGAGCAUUUCAGCAUGAUUUACAACAAGUAUGGCGUACGGCUAAUCCUUGAACACUACGCGUGCAUGGUUGAUCUCCUUUCCCGGUCUGGCCAUCUACAGGAAGCACGCAAGCUCAUUGCAGAAAUGCCGAUGAAGCCAGAUGCUGUCGUCUGGAGGGCCUUGCUUGGUGGAUGCCGUCUCCACAGGAAUGUCAAGAUGGCCGAAACUGUCAUAACUGAAAUGGAAGCGACCUGCAGUGGCGACCAUGUCCUCUUGUCAAAUCUCUAUGCUGCGGUAGGGAGAUGGAACGGUGUUGAAGAUGUUCGGAGGACCAUGAGAAGCAAGGGGAUUGAGAAGGUCCCUGGCUGCAGCUCUAUUGAGAUGGACGGUUCCAUCCAUGAAUUCAUUUCAGGUGACAAGUCACAUCCAUCAUAUGAUGACAUUCAUGGAAAGCUGGUCGAGAUUGGUGGAAGGAUGCAACAGCAAGGCUAUGUCAAAGAUACCGCAGAGGUGUUCUAUGACAUUGAAGACGAAGAGAAAGAGCAGGCUCUUGGACAUCACAGUGAGAAGCUUGCAAUAGCGUUCGGACUCAUUGGAGCACCUCCAGAUGCUACAAUCAGAAUCUCUGAGCUCUAA